AUGGUGAUUAAUAGGAUGACUGACAAAAAACAGUAUUUAGCUGAUUAUUCGUUUGAAUACUUUGUUGAUGAUGGCAAACGGUUAACUGGGUUGUUCUGGGCUGAUGGUUUAUGCAAGCUUAACUAUAUGGAAUUUGGCGAUGUGAUAUCGUUCGAUGCAACCUUCAAGACAAACAGGUACAAGAUGGUGUUUGUCCCGUUCACAGGCAUUGACAACCACUCUCAUCUGGGUUGUUGGCAUCAGAGAUCAUUUGGUCGACAGCCUAAUGUUGUAGUGACGGAUCAAGACCCUGCUAUGAAACAGGCUAUUGAGGAGGUUUUCCCUAUUAGCAGACACAGAUCGUGUAUGUGGCACAUAAUGAAAAAAGUGGCAGAUAAGGUUGGGCAUGAGUUGUGCAAUAAUGAUGAGUUUAAAAGGAGGAUGUGCGACAUUGUUUGGACUGAUUCGAUUGAGCCCGAAGAAUUCGAGAAGCAGUGGAAGUUGGUGAUGAUUGAGUUUGGUCUCACUGAAAACAAAUGGAUUGAUGAUAUGUUUGGGAUGAGAUCCAUGUGGAUUCCGGCUUUUUACCGGCAUGAGCCAAUGUCAAGUUUUAUGAGAACAACUUCAAGAUCAGAGAAGAUACAUGGAACAAUUUCCGAAUGUUUGCCGAUGGACACCAAAGUUGAAGGUCCACGUAUCAGAAUAUUGUUGAAGGAUUUUAAAGCACAUGGAGAUGGUUUAUUGGAGGUGUGGUUCAAGAAUCUCGAGAAUGAUGUAACUGCACAGUGUAGCUGUUUGCGUUUUGAGCAGUAUGGGCUGCUAUGCAAACACAUAUAUUUUCUUUUCAAGAUGUUUGGUGUUAAAGAAAUACCAAACAAAUAUGUUAUGAAGAGAUGGACGAAGGAUGUUGUGCCGAAUGAGUUAAAUGUUAAGUACAAUCUAAAUGUGGGGGGCAAGGAUGUGCAUCAGAGGGCUAAACGGAUUGCUCGUGAAAUCAUUCACACAGGGAAGUAUUUGGGAAAAAAGAAGAUGAAUGGUGUCCAGAUUGAAGAUGGUGUGAGAGACAAAGACAAUGAGGGUGAAGACGACGAAGAGGAAGAUGACUUUGAAGAUUACAUCAGUGAUGAUGGAUCUGAAGAAGAAGAUCAGUGGGAAGAGGUGUCUGGAGAUGAAGAUGACGAGGAUGAGUAA